GGUGGGUGCGUACUGAUGAAGAGUCCCCAACAUAUUUUAAUCACUAAGUUCGACUAGUGGAAUUUGUUAGGCUCAAUAAACUAACAAAAGAGUGCUGUUGGUCAUUCAUUUUCAAUAGAGCCUAUUGUCAUCACAAAAUAUUCAAACAGUUACCAGCAAUUAUGAAAUCGAUAAGUCAUCUUAGUUUAAUAUUUAAUGAAGGUUAAAAAAGACUAUACUGUUCUGACUGAAAAUCUUCUACGCCUCAUUCUGUCCCUAUGCGAUACUGUUAACACCGUUAGAAUAAUAGAAUAAAAUAUCUGUUUGCAGGUAUCCGAUUCCUAUAAUUCUAUUAAUUGAUAUCGACUAAUAAGGAAGCCAAAUGCGUCAGGGUGUAUGACCUCACCUCAAAUGGAAAAUAGUUAUAAAUAUGAUGAAUGGUAAUGUUCUUCAGGAAUAUUACGAAAUUUAAAAUCAUUAGCAUAGUAGUUUACGAUAAAUAGAAUACUUUUAUUAAUUUGUUUUACAUUCUAAUUACUUUUUAUAUAUUUCACUUUUUCUCCACUCUAGAUAUUGAUGAUUACAUGGACCAAACGGAUGAAGUGGUGCUAAUAAGUCAUGAAGCAAAGGAAUUUUACGAUGAAAUUCGUGGCCUAGUAGUCGUCUUUCUAAUAUUCACCUUUUUAUUCCUCAUUGCUCAUACAAUAUUACAGUUGUUUCUGACUAAAACAGAAUAUGAAUUAAAGCCUUGUCGAGCUGAACGCUUAGUCUAUCAACUAGUCUUGGGCAUGUGUACAUUUACACUGACCAUAGGCUUAACUUCAUACAGUCUAUUACCAUUGACUAUUAUAACCAAUGAAAUAUUAGUUAUCUUUCCACAAUCGUAUUAUGUACAAUGGUUAAAUAGUGAAUUAAUACAAGAUUUAAUCUUGUUAAUUGAUAUUGGCAGUAAGAUAUCCUGUCUAACUGUACCAUUCUCUUACUUUCUUUUAAUUUCACAAGGAUUUCUGCACAAAUCAUAUUCAUCGUUUGCAUCGCGUUUAACAGAUUCUUUUAUUAUGGUGUUCUUCUUUUAUAUUUUAUGCUUUGGUACAGUUUGGUCUUUAAGUAGUUUUAUAUCAGCUUUAAAUGGUUGUUUUCUCUCAGCAGAUGUUAGUGGAUUAUCUUUUGGUGGUAGCGGCGAUAGUAUCAGCAGUAGCAGCGGCAGUAGUAGUAUUAGUAAAACAUUUUCCAUAUUCACUGAACGUCAUCAUCAAUCGCAUCCUUCGCCGACUCCCAGUCCUGCUGACCACCAUGCCUAUUAUCACAAUCAUCCAUUUACAUUCCUACAAAACUCCAUCAAUUCUAUUGGUUGGAUAAAUUUCUUUCAAAAUGUUUGCAUCCAAGUAAUAUUGAUGUCAGGCUUAGAAUUGAUUCAAAUGACUGCUACACUAUUAGGACUUUUAUUAUUGUUUAUCUGUACACCAAUGGGUUUGUUGUCUAUCAGUUUAAAUUUAGUUGCAUUCAUUAUGCGCUCUCUAUCUGAUUCAACUCCAAGACAGACAUUGUAUGAUCGUAUUGAAGAACUGAAUAUGGAAAUGUUGACUGUUUUAGACGAUAUUGAGUGUAUACAACUCUUGUGUGAAGAGAAGAACAUAAAUAAUAAUGACAAUGCUAUGAAUUAUAAAUCUAUAUGUUUUCGAACUUAUACUGAUGUUAAAUCGUAUGAAGAUUUAUUAUUGAAGUGUACGAAUGAGUUGAAUUCAUUAAAUACAGAAUUACUACAACUCAAACAGCGUAUAACACCACAACGAUUCACACCGUUUACACGUGAUUCUAUACCACUUUUCGUGAAUUUUUGUUGUUUAGUCCUACUUUGUCUUCUACUACGAUUGUUGCAAUCAUUUGUAUUCUUCAAUAUUUUGGAUCUUCUAUGGAGUAUGUUUUUUGGAGGUUAUGGUAGUCGAGAUGACAGUACUGCUGGUUAUCUUACAAUGGGUGGUAACAGUAAACAGUAUCCAUCAACUACUACAUUGGGGUCAUCGGAUCCUAGUUUUACAAUUGGCGUAAAACCAGUUUCUUCUCUCGGACAUAUUGGAGCUGUUUUUCAGGUCUGUUUGGUAGUAUUCCUUGUUGUUCUGGGUUUAUGGGGAUUCUACUCACUUCCAUUUGUUGGUUUUCUUCGACCGCGAUAUCAUGCAACUAGUUUAGACAUUAUGCUGGUCAAUGUCUUGUUAUUUUUAAUAUUGAGCACUGCACUUCCUUUACAAACCAAUCUACUUGGACUGACCACGCUUACAUUGCCCAAUCCACUGAAAUCUGAAUCAGUCACAUCCACACAAUCUAAAUGCUCAGAUCUAGUCUGUACUCCAUUGGAAAAUGAAAAUGAUUGUGACCAAAAUAUUGUUAAUUGUCCAAGUAAAAAGUUGAGUCAUAUAUCCAACAGCUGGUGGAAUAAAUUCAUUGGUGAUUAUUAUUAUUUUGAUUUUACUUAUUGGUAUUCAUUUGUACAUGUACUGAAUCCAUUCACGUCUACACCUGCCGACAGUUUAGAAGAGUUAACUACAGUCAAUGAGGUUCAAACUGAAGAGCAAUCAAUUUUUCGUCAGUUUGUAUCUCGAGCUUUUGGCUAUUCAUCAGUGUCACCUAGCUAUGAAUUAAGUGUGGUGAUAUUAAUGUAUAACAUCUGCUUCCUGAUUACUUCAAUGUGGAUUGCUGGUCGACGAUUAGGAAAUGCAGGACUAUCUAUCAAUUUGGAUUUAGUAACAACACUUCGAUGUUUGCACCAAUUUGAAAUUACAUCAAGACCGCCUAGAUCAAGUCUAGAUCGUACUGAAUGGAUGGCUGCUGAACUAUCUUGUCCAAAAACUCCUGAAGAGUUAGAUCAAAGUGUUGUAUGCUAA